GAGGGGGAACGAAGUGUCCCGUUUCCGCCGGGCUGGGAUGGGGCGCGUCCCGCGGCUGUGAAACGGGCGCUUGGGCCCGCCUCAGCCUGGCGUUGCCCUAGUGCUCCCAGGGGACGAGCACCAGAGGGCCAUGGGGGAGGCCAGGGGGGCGGCGGCGAGAGCUGGGGUGGCGGCGGGGCUCGUGCUGGGCGCUGGCGCGUGCUAUUGUGUUUACAGGCUGGCCAGGAGCAGGAGGGCGGGAGCCGCAGCCGGGACAGAAGGAGCCGCUAGCGCUAGGGAUGGGUCAGCCCCAGGGGGCGGUUUGCUGCCUCGGGUGUCCGGGCUUUCUGUCCUGUCCAGCCUUGCCUGGGGGGGACCCUCCAACCUCCAGUCAGACACCGAUCUUCCAAAAUCACCCAGUAACCUGGAUGCCCAUCAUCUACAGAAACUUAUUCAUUUGCUUGAGCUCACAGAUGAUCCGUUAAUUCAAGAACAAGCCUUGGUCACUCUGAGCAACAGUGCUGCCUUCUCUGUAAAUCAAGAUAUAAUUCGAAAUUUGGAUGGCCUUUCUGUUAUUGGAAAGAUGCUCUCAAAUUCCAUUCCCAAAGUUAAAGAAAAAGCACUAAACACACUUAAUAACUUGAGUAUGAAUGUUAAAAAUCAAGAAGAGAUAAAGGUAUACAUUUUACAAGUCUGUAAGGAGAUUGAGUUAUCACCUUUGAACUCUGAUCUGCAGCUAGCUGAACUUAGAUUAUUAACAAAUAUGUCUGUUACCAAUGACUACCACCAUAUGAUGACAAAUGCAAUUCCGUGCUUUCUUCAUUUGCUUUCAGAAGGAAAUGAAAGGACACAGAUUCAAGUUCUGAAAGUACUUGUGAACUUAUCUGCAAACCCAGCCAUGACAAGACAUCUUUUCAGUGCUCAAGCACCAUCAUUGCUUUCACUUUUUGACAACUGCAUAAACAAAGAGAUUCUACUUAGAGCCCUGAUGUUUGCCGCAAAUUUGAAUGAGAAUAUGAAAAAUGAAGAGGGCAUCAUUACCCAGGAUCAGUACAGUGAAGAUUCAGUUUUUUCUCUGCUCUGUGGGCAUUCUACCCAAUAUACUAAGAAAUUGAUGUGGUCUGGAAGGAUUGGAGUGAGCAUGCACCAAAACAGAAAAAAUGGGAGCGGGUUUCUAUGCAUCCACUUCAUGUUUGCCUCAGUCAUCCGAAUGUGCCACUGCCAUGGCCCUGGUGAACUACCCACCAUGGGUGGUUCCAGUCCAAACCUUUGUACACCUGUAUAAUAAAGAUUUAAUAAUGUA